CUUUUUUAGCGGAGCUGGGAGAGCCAUAGCUUAGAGAGCAAGCGAGCCAGCCGGAGCUUCGGACGGUGUUGCUCCUACUGCCGCCUGACAUUCACCCGAGAGCCAGACGGAGACAGACAGCAGCCUCUCUCUUUCGGAAGGCAAGACAGACAACUGAAACAGGAGAUCGGCACAGGGGAAAAGAAGAAGUCAGACUUCCUUUCCCCUCUCCUAGAAGAUCUGCUAUUCAUUCUCCACUUCGCCCAUUAAUUAAUUUAUUUCUCCGCCAGCACUCAUCAGCUGAGUGGUUUCCUCGCUAAGCCGUUUGGAUUUUUAUUUCACUUUUAUUUCUGUUUAUUUUAAAGGGGGAAGAACCCCCUUCCCCCCCUCUUCUUCACUCUCGAAACCAUCCCGGCUGUGCGAUUCAAAACCCCUCAUAAUCUCCUGACGGUUUAAAAAUUAAAAAACGAACAAAACCAACUCUCCGACUUCAGCUUGAAAGGAGCGACUUCCAGCAGCGUCAGGAUCCGGCCCUCGGGAGCUUUCCUUGAUCGGAGCGGCCCCGGGGAGAAGGCAGAAGAAGAGGAGCAGAGAAACCGAGCGAAUCCCGAGGAGCUCACUCCGACUUCGCUCCAGUAAUCAUGAACUUUCUCCUCACUUGUAUCCAUUGGGGGUUGGCGGCGCUGCUCUAUCUCCACAACGCCAAGUUAUUGCUAGCGGCACCCUCCCCAGGGGACAUGGAGCAGAGGUCGAAUUAUGCGAUGUCGUUUAUGGAGGUCUACGCUCGCAGUAUCUGCAGGCCGAUUGAGACCAUGGUGGACAUUUUCCAGGAAUACCCAGAUGAGGUGGAAUAUAUCUUCAAGCCAUCCUGUGUGCUCCUGAAGAGAUGUGCAGGGUGCUGUAAUGACGAGUCGUUGGAGUGCACGGCCACAGCAGUGAAUAAUGUCACCAUGGAGAUUAUGAGAGUUAGACCGUUUCAGGGCCAGCACAUAAGCCAGAUGAGCUUCCAACAGCACAGUAGUUGUGAAUGCAGACCAAAGAAAGACAUCAAAAAUAGACAAGAAAAAAAAUCAAAGCGAGGAAAGGGGAAGGGUCAAAAGAGAAAGCGCAAGAGAGGCCGGUAUAAACUCCGAAACUUUCACUGUGAACCUUGCUCAGAAAGGAGAAAGCACUUGUUUGUACAAGAUCCCCAGACCUGUAAAUGUUCCUGCAAAUUCACAGACUCACGUUGCAAGUCGAGGCAGCUUGAGUUAAACGAGCGCACUUGCAGAUGCGACAAACCGAGACGGUGAGCAGCAGAGAAGAAAGAGGGUGGGGGAACAGCCUUGGUUCUGGAGCUUGAAAUCUCGCCUGGUCAAAAUAAAAACACUAAUCCAAAUGAACACUAAAAUGAAGGAUCAGUAGAGCACAGCACUUUUUGAGUACGGACGAUGGACUCCGGAAGGAACAUUCCCCGAGGACCCGCACAGGAUUCACCUUUUUUGGUUUUGAACUGGUUUUAUGGAGAGACUUUCCUUCUCAUGCUGCUAAAUGAUAAAGAGCCAGGGAGACUGGAGUGGUAUAUGUUUUGGGACUCCCAUUUCACCUGAAUAAUUAUAUAUAUAAUAUAUAUGUAUGUAUGUGUGUAUAUAUAGAUAUACAUAUAUUAUAUAUAUAUAUAUAUACUGAGUUUUAAAAACGUUGCUAACAUUAUUGGUGUCUUCACUGGAUAUACUCAACUGCUGUGGACACAAGUGGGCUACUUGGGGCAAAAGAAAUAAACUACGGCUGGACUUCAGUCAAAGUGUUUGGUGUAAUCUUCAUACUCCCGCUGGCUCUCUAAAGCAUGCUGGCUACCCGACUUCAAUGCCCACCCUCCAGUCUUGCAUGGAGAGACACUGGUACCAGAGAGGAGGAGGCAGCAGGGGAUUCCAAAGAUGGCACCUUGGAAUACUAUGGGUCAAGAAGUCAAGGAAAUUAAUCUAAAUGUUUGGACUGAAGAUUCCUCCCAUUGGCUCUCUGCCCUGUCCUGGCUCAUGGCCUGCCUCUCUUGCUUGGGAUGUUGGUGAACGGUUUUGUAUUGACCACUGCAGGAACAUUGCCAUGGAUCUACUUUCUGGCCCCAACUGUGGGAAGUGGCUGACGUGAGGACUGGUCACCUUGAGGUGGCAUCACUGGAAUCUGCAAUCUUCCACCCCCUGUUGGCUACUUAAAUAAAGGAUAUAUGGUCAGUGGUGCCCGGAAGUGAGAAUGGGGACCGGUGCCUAGCCAGGCAGUUGAACAGCACGGUCUGCCAUCAUUAUGCGCAGAGCUGCCACUGAAGAUGCUUAUGGAACAUCUCUGGAAAGGGAUAUUAAUCUAAAGUAUAUAUGUACAAUAGCUGGGAUGUGUGAAUGAAUGUCUGUGUUUGGGGUGUGUACACACACAACUAAAGAGCUGUUUUUCUGCCUGAUCAAUUCAAACUUAGAAACAUUUGGGGGCCUUCUGGUCAGCAUCUGAUGAGAGCUUACUUCUAGUGUUGUGAAUUCAUUAAUAUUCUCUAUUGUAACAUGAAUGUGUCAAGUUCUCAUGUGUGCCAUGCUGGAGUUAUGAUAUGGCUUUGUGUUUCUAUCAACUCUUCCACCACUGUUGCCUAUCUAACCCCAUAUGCUACCUUUACCAGAAGAAGCGUUGAGUUGCAACAGAAGGUUAUUGAACAAAGGCGCUAACCUUAUUCACACAUUACUUGCGUGAACAGGGUAAGCAGGACAAAAGGUGCAACCAUGGGGGUCACAUGCCCCCCACUGUCUUUGGCAUGACUUUUGAAGCGGAGAGCCUCAUGUACUUGCAGAGGCUCCCUGCGUGGUUCAGAACACCCCAACCAUGAGGUGGUUCCUCACUUCAGGACUUAUGCCAAAGGCAGUGAUGGCAGAGCUGGGGGUGGCUUGACUUUGCAGCUGUAUCUGGAUAUGUUUCACCAUGUUUGACCCUCUGCACAUGAGCAGGUUGAGAAUAGAGCUCCUGUGAAGCACAGGUUUGUGAAAGAGAGGCCAACGUUGCAUUUCCCCUUCCAACUUUAGAGAAUGCAGAGUGAGUUUAUUUGCUUGAAAUAAACGCUAAUCUGGACAAGGUCUGUGCUUUGGGGGUAUCCAUAAAAGAUACCUAAUGCUCCUCCCAAUCCCCUCCCCAACUUUGAGCAUUUUCCAUCUGCGAAAUGUAGGCCUUAGGUCACCUUUCCCCAACCUGGUGCCUUCAAGCUGUGUUGAAUUGCAGCCUCCAUUAUUUCCAUGGCUAGGGAUGAUGGGAGUUGUCAUUCUACAUAUCUGGAGGGCACCAGGUUGCAGAAGGCUUGGUCAGGUUUACCCGUUGCUUUGUUGAAGGCUCAGUGAUGUGAUGUUCUGAGAACACUUGUCUGAACUGGCUAGAUGUCAAUGCAACCUUAACAUGACUAACUACAUUGAUCUUGACUGAACUGCUUUUGUGCCACAAGGUUGUCUGUGCAUGUGCAGAGAUGGACUAAGAUUGCUAGCCCCCCCCCCCCCCCAAGCGGCUAGUAUUUUAGGUCUUUACAGUAUUGCCCAACUCCCUUUAGAAUAAACGUCCAGUUUGAGUACUAAACUGAAUUAAAGGGGUGGGUUGUUUGGAUGUGUUUUUGAAGCUAGGCCCAGUCUACAGCUACUAUAAAACUGCAAGACCAAUGCUUUAAAUGCAUUGUCUGCUAUCUUGACCACACACAGAGAUUUUACAUAAUUGACCCUAAUCAAACCUGAGUGUGUGUGUGUGUGUGUGUGUGUGUGUGUGUGUGAGAGAGAGAGAGAGAGAGUGUCAGUCCUUGGGACAGCAGCAAAACCUUGGCAAGCACACCAUGUUUCACCCUUGGGAUGGAGACUGCCUUACGAUAUGGGAGUUUGGGCUAGCCACCAUGAUAUGCACAGAUUUAGGUUAAUGGAUACCUAAAUCCUCUUGUAUCAGACGAUAAAGCUCAGUGCCUUGCAAUGUAAAACCCUUGAAAUGUCAAAGCAUCCUCAACCACUAGGUGUUUCGUAAAUAUCCAGCUCUGGGAAGGAGCUGACAGGGUAGAAGUUUAAAGGCAACAAUGUACUUUAAAUGCCUGAAGCUUCUUGACUUCCCCAGAUGGCCUUGUCUUGCUUUACUGGCAAAUGUGUGGUGAUGAUGGGGCCAAACGAAUGGUUUGGCAAGUGCAACAUUACAAACCGUGGCUACAGUCGGUUGGUAACUUUUUCUGCACUUCUAAGGGAAAUGUGAUGCUUCUUGGACCUUGGAUUGGUCCUGCAGGGGCUGCACUGUCCUUUGACCCCUGUGAAUUGUACCCAGCAUCUGUACCAUUGCCGCAAUGUCUGCUGGUUGUUAAGUAGGUAACAAGUGGUGCGGAUGUUUUAAAAUUAGGAGUGGCAUUGUUUUCCUAUGUGGCUUGUGUACAGUAUGCUGGCAUUAGUGUGUUAAGUGCGCACACCCAUGUGCUGCGGCCUGGUUGAUCAAAAGAGUCGGUGAGCUCAGCUUUUAAAAUGCCUGUGGCUUUUUUGUGCGUAUAUGGUGAGGGGGCAAACUAAAUCCCAUGUAACAGGAUUGGGGGAUGACUUGGGUUCUGCCCUCCCCACUGACACACCCACUCUCCCAAAGAGAUACAGCACUGUCAAAACUGACCACGCUGGCCAUCUGGUUGGCAUUGCGAGCCCAUUUCUGAAUCCAUUGCUGGGGAAUUGUGGAUGUAGCCUUCAGAGGCGGAUGCAGAGAUUUAGAACCUUGUGCACAAUUUCCCUUUUCUAUUUCAUGGAAGCUUGCUUCCAGUUGCCUUCACUGGAGUGGGGAGUAUGCCUUGUUCUCAGCUUCAGACAUUUCUUUUUUAAAAUCAAGUUCUACUUGGUCUGUGAAUGCUGCCAAAUGCCUGUCUGUUUACAGACAAGCAACCCCCCCCCCCAAACCCGGGCCCCAAAUCAGGUUUUUAACCACUAUGGAAUCCCCUUCCAGCCAAUAGCAAAUGUGGUAUGCAUUCUGUGUGUGAGAGUAUGUGUGUGUGUGUGUGUGUGUACGUACACGUGCGUGUGCACACACGCGCAUAACUGAAAUGUAUAUAUUCAAACUGUGCGAGGUGACAAACAUUGUUCUAUAUACUUGUUUAAUAUCCCUUUUUCAAAUUAGAAAUUAAAAAUAAUUUAAACUAGGUAUUUUUCAGUAUUCUUUGUUAAUAUUUAAUUUUACUAUUUAUAAGGUGUACCUCUUGUUUUGUACUGUUAUGUAUAAAUUUUUAACUCUUCUGUUCCAUCCAAUCUCUCCCCAAUUGUUGGCAGAGUCAGUAGCAUGAUCAUUUAUUUAAUUAAUAUCUCUAAUACCUACCCCUACACAUUCCUUUUGAGGUAACGGUUAUACAUCUACAUAUUAUAUAUAUAUUUGGUUAUAUGUGUGUAUGUGUAUAUAUAUAUAUAUAUAUAUAUAUGUUUAUGUAUAUGUGUAAUUUGGAUUAAAUAGACACUACGAUUUUUAUAUAUGUAAACUUCCUCUGCGCCCCAGAAAUAUAGAAAAUUUUACUAUUUUAUUUAUUGGUGCUACUGUUUUAUCUGUAAUGUGGCAGGAAAGAAUUCACUGGCCACGCCGGCUAAUCUCAAGAUUCCAUAUGAAAUAUUUAUUUUUAGAUAAAAAUAACAAAUAUAUCUUUAAAAAAACCACCAUCUAUGGCUUUUUUUGUAAUAAAGAAUUUAAUUCUCA